CACUAAACACGUAUAUUACCACAGCUACAAUAACCCGUAACAUUACCACACUACAUUUCCCAGCAGCCCCCUUCGUUAAAAUGACGUGGACUAUAAUUCCGCUUUUAGGAUGUCCCAAGAAUUCCGGGAAUUGUAGUCUUUCCUGACAGAACGAUAUGCCUUAGCAACGCUGUACGGACUUCAUAUCCCAUCGUCCUUUGCAAAAACAAAAACCUUAAGCCGUAGACGGCUGUCAUACGCCGCGUCGCAAUGCAUGCCGGUUGUUGUAAUCUCUGUCCUACGAAAUAGACUGUCAGACAAGCCGUGGCUGGACUACAUUUCCCGGCAUUCCUCGUGUAGUAGGUUGAAUUCCCUGGUUUGAAAGCGGCCCCGUCAGCGCCCGGGACUUCGGAGGCUGUGGAGUUGGCUGCUGGCGGGAUGGCGUCUUUUGUGACCGAAGUCCUGGCACAUUCUGGGCGGCUGGAGAAGGAGGAUUUGGGCACGAAAAUCAGUCGCCUGUCUCGGAGGGUGGAGGAAGUGAAGGGUGAAGUCUGUGACAUGAUCAAUAAGAAGUACGAUGAGUUCCUUCCCAGCAUGCAGAGCGCCGAGGACCUGGUGGCACAGGUGAACAGUCUGAACAGGGAUGUAGAUAUUCUAACUUCAACAAUAGAAAAUGAGGUUCAGAAUGAUCUGAAAGUGGCCAUCAGUGAAUUUACAGAACUGAAGCAUCAGCUGGAGAGAAACACCAUGAUCCUGGGAGUUCUCGGGCAGCUACAGGAGUUUAAUAGCGCAAUAGAAAAAUAUAACACAGUUUUGUCUGAGAGGAACUACAUAAGUGCAGCUGAACAACUGGAAAAGGCGCAAAACUGUCUGAAAAUCCUUAAGUCCCGGAAGGGCUUUGAACUCAAGGUGCUGAAGUCUCUGGGAAUAGAGCUGACGGUACAGAAGCAGAACAUGUUGUAUCACCUCGGAGAGGAGUGGCAGAAGCUGGCGGUGUGGAAGCUUCCCCCAUCCAAAGAUAAUUCAAGUUUGGAAAUGAUCUUGAAAACCGAGCUUCACUUGUGCACGGUGCCACCGACUGAAGAAACCAAUUCUGGUUCAGUACUGGGAUCUGUCCUCCAGGCCUUGGCUAUUCUGGGAGAACUCAACACAAAGCUGAAGUUUUUCAGUCAGUUACUCCUGAAAUACAUCCUGAAGCCUCUGGUCUCGUAUCAGUCACUUCACGUUCUCGUGGACGCCCAGCCUCAGGGAGUCAUCUUAAGGUUUGAAAGCACAAAGACUGACCUGAAGCACCCACCUCCCGCAGAGGUGUUCAUGAAGCUGAAGCUGGUUCUGGAGCUACUACACACACACUUACUGGAUGUCCCUGUAAAAGGAGAAGAAGAAAACAAGGUGGUGCUAGCAGAAGUUCUCGGUGAUCUGAUCUGGGAGGAUAUUUCAGAAUCCAUAAUUAAAGACUGUCUGGUUUACUCCAUACCCAACAAUAGCAACAAACUGGAGCAAUAUGAGGAGGUUAUAAAAGCGACUGAGCAGUUUGAAAAUGAUCUGAAAGGAAUGAAAUACCUGAAGGGCGACGCAACUGAGCUACUUAAAUAUGCCCGAAAUGUCAAUGCUCACUUUGCCAGUAAGAAAUGCCAGGAUGUCAUUGUUACAGCUAGAAACCUGAUGACCUCUGAGAUCCAUAAUACUGUGAAGAUCACACCAGAUUCUAAAGUGAAUGUACCAAAACUCCAAAGCCCUCGGGGUGAGAAGGCGAAACCGCAGAAGAGUCCGUCACAUGAAGCUCCAGCUUUAGAAAAUGAAGUCAAGCUGAGCCAGCACACGUUCUCGCUGCCCACCUGCCGGAUCAGCAAGUCUGUUGAGAAGCUGAUGGAGCUUGCAUACCAGACUCUCUCAGAAGCUACAACCAGCAAUGAGCCCUGUGCCAUCCAGCUGUUCUACACUGUCAGAAACAUUUUCCAUCUGUUCUAUGAUGUUGUCCCAACGUAUCACAAAGAGAACCUUCAGAAACUUCCCCAGCUCUCUGCCAUCCACCAUAACAACUGUAUGUACAUUGCGCACCACCUGCUAACUCUCGGACACCAGUUUCGGUAUCAUCUUCCUGCUCCACUCAUUGAUGGAGCGGCCACUUUUGUGGACAUGGUUCCAGGAUUUAGGCGGCUAGGCACAGAGACUUUUCUUGCACAGAUGCGGCUACAGAAAGGAGAACUUCUUGACAGGUUAUCAAAUGCACGGUCCUUUAUUAACAUGGAGGACGAAGACAAUUAUACAGCAGGCCAUAAAGCUAUACGGCAGAUCGUUCAUCAGCUGAGCCGUCUGGGUAAAGUGUGGCAGGACGUGCUUCCCGUAGGAAUUUACUGCAAAGCCAUGGGGACGUUACUAAACACAGCCAUCACUGAGAUGAUAAACAAAAUCACCGCUCUGGAGGACAUUUCCACUGAAGAUGGAGAGCGACUGUAUACACUUUGCAGGACAAUGAUUGAAGAAGGGCCCCUUGUCUUUACUCCCUAUCCUGAAGAAGGCAAAAACAAGAAGUUUCAGGAGGAGGUGCCCAUCUAUGUGCAGAAGUGGAUGAAAUUCAAAGAACUCAUGAUCAUCCUGCAGGCAAAUCUACAGGAGAUAGUUGAUCGGUGGGCUGAUGGUAAAGGACCCCUCGCUACAGAGUUCUCCCCUAAUGAAGUGAAGAGUUUGAUCCGAGCUCUAUUUCAGAACACAGAGAGGAGAGCAGCAGCAUUAGCCAAAAUUAAAUAAACCCCCCCCCCCCUCCCCCCCAUCCUUGUGUGCUGUCUGUAAUAUUCUGUACAUAUUUCUCUUUGAGAACACCAGUAAAUAUCUUCUUAAGAGCUUUUAACACUGAGGUUGUUUCUUUUUUUGCUAAAUUGUAAAUAUUUAGUACACUAUCCUCCGAAAGUAGCAGUGAAACUUGGGUAACUUUGUUAUUUUAUUGU